AUGACAAUUAAUAAUGUGUGUUAUCAGUUUAAAAAAUUGUGGAAAGAUUUUCACGAUGAAUCGAACAAUUCUGGAAAAUCUAGUUUUAAAGAUAUAGUAUUCAGAAAAUACUGCCCUAACGAUAAUUGUGACACUAAUAUCAAGAAGAUUAAUGCUGGUUGUUUAUGGUUAUUUAAUGCAUAUUUCGGUCAAUUUAGUAUUUCACUUGAUCUUCCCACUUAUAAGGAUGCGGUUGUAUGUAUUAUGAUAUGGUUAAGUUAUAAAUUAAAUCAAAAAUCAGAAAAUGGAAUCAAUACAUUAAAGGAUUUUUAUUCUAAGCAUAUAGAAAAUAACGAGAAGUACACUAAGAGUGAAAUUUAUAAUAAAAAAUUUAAAGGUUAUAAGGAAAUCAUAGAUGAAAUAAAGGAAUAUUUGGAUAUUGAUAUUAGUCAUAUGUCUAAAUUUUAUGAAUUACUUAAAUUAUUAUGCAGUAUGGAUACUGCUUAUACGAAAAAUAAAGAUAGCGAGUUUAUGCAAGAUGCUAACAAAUUUGUUGAAAAAUAUCAAGAACUACUUGAUGGAGAUAAUAAUACUGAUAACAGUAUAUACAGUAAAGUGUUACUUGUUUUAUCUAAGUAUUAUAACAAUUUUGAAAGUUUAAGAGUUACUAUUGAUACAGAAAUGGCACGUCCUCAAUUACCAUCAAAAAAAACAGCCCAAAAAGUUGAAGUAGAAAUUUCUAAUGAAACUAAAACAACUGGAUCAUCGAGUGAAACAGGAAACCAAGAUAUUGAAACGAUAACUCUGAUUCCAAAUACUGCAUUAUCAGACUCAUCAUUAGCAAGUAAAUUAAUUCCAGUUUUAUCGAUAUUUGGUGCAAUAGCAAUUUUUUUAGGAAUUUCCUAUAAGUAUUCGUUAUUUGGAUUUCGGAAACGAUCUCAAAAACAACAUUUAAAAGAAAAGCUAAAAAAAUAA